AUGAGUAAAAGUUUUCGUUUGUCGUCAUCUGAAAAAAUUGAAAUUGUGAAAUGGUACGCCAUUUACCAAAAUGCAUCUGAAGUUGCUCGUCAAUUUCAAAAUCAUUUUAAUCGAACUCCGCCAACAUCAAAGAAUAUUUUGAGCCUUGUACAAAAAUUUGACGAAACUGGAAGCGUUGCAGAUAAACCUCGAUCUGGUCAUCUUAGAUCUGUUAGUACAGACAAUAAUAGGGAGCGUGUUCGUGCUGCUUUUGAAGAAAAUCCUGGAAUUUCAGCAAGAAGAGCUUCUUUGGAACUGAAUCUUGAUAGAAGUAGCCUUCGACGAAUGAUAAAGGAGCUGGGAUUGAAACCGUAUCGUCCUCAAUUACUGCAUGCAUUGAACGAAGACGAUCCUGACAGACGCUGUGAAUUUGCCGACAUCUUUCUCAACUUAUUAUCUGACGACUCUUCCUUGCUUAGUCGAAUUGUUUGGACCGAUGAGGCCAUUUUCAAGUUGAAUGGUCAUAUCAAUCGACACAACUGUGUUUAUUAUGCCGUAGGAAAUCCCCAUGUCAUCAUUACUCAAGAAAUGAAUACCCCGGGCAUCACUGUAUGGGCUGGAAUUUGGGUUGGAGGUGUCAUUGGACCGUUCUUCUUCCAGGAUAAUAUUACUGCAGACAGCUAUCUCAAGAUGCUCCAAAACGAUAUUGUUCCCGCUAUUGCAAGUGAAAUGGAUUUAGAAGAGAUAGUCUAUAUGCAUGACGGAGCUCCAGCUCAUUACGCUCAAUCUGUUCGGUACUUUCUGGACAAAACAUUUCCUGAUCGGUGGAUUGGUCGACGUGGAUGGAUUGACUGGCCACCACGAUCUCCAGAUCUCACCCCGACUGAUUUUUUUUUAUGGGCUCUGAUCAAAGAACGUGUAUACGCGACGAAGCCGCGAGACCUCCAAGCACUAAAAGAUGCUAUAAUCACCGAAACACAAAGUUUACCGGUGGAAUUUUGUCGAAGAGCUUGCGAGUCAGUACGUGAGAGACUUCAGCUUUGCAAAGAUUUAGAUGAUAAACAUAUUGAACAAUUUUUGUGA